AUGUUGUGGACAUGUUUUCUCGCACGACCUUCCGCCAGUUCUUGCCUCGCUGGUGUGAACUGUGUGAAUGGGUCGUUUGUCCUUUCACUCCUGUUCUUCUUUGCGUUCCUAUUGCUAAACUUGGUAAAUGCACAAGGCAAUAAUGAUCCUCUCCUCGUUUCCACACAACAAGGAAGAGUGAGAGGUUUUUAUGCAACUCCCUCUGUGAGAGCAUUCCUUGGAAUUCGAUAUGCAGAGAACACUGGUGGUUCCAAUCGUUUUAAGCCUCCUGUCGAAUUACCUACCGUGUAUUCCUCUGAGAUAUUCAACGCUACUUCUUUUGGAAACGUCUGCCUUCAGAUUCCAAGUGACAGUAACUAUUCACAACCUCUCUCAGAAGAUUGCUUGUUUUUAAAUAUUUGGACUCCAACCAACAUUUCUAAACCAUUACCUGUCUUUUUCUGGAUUCAUGGAGGAGCAUUCAAACAAGGUUCAGGAAACAUUUACAGUGGAGAUUAUUGGGUGCAAAUUGCUCAAGACACUAAUGCUCCCAUUGUGCUUGUUACCAUCAAUUAUCGACUUGGUAUUCUUGGUUUCUUGAAUGAUGACAUGUUUUUAGCAGAGAAUGGUAAGACCUCAAGCAAUUGGGGAAUGCUCGAUCAAAUAGCUGCUUUGAAAUGGGUGAGAAACAACAUUGCCAACUUUGGUGGUGACGUGAGUAAAAUUACCAUUGGUGGUGAGAGCGCUGGUGGAGUUUCAACCUUACUUCACUUGGCCACACCUCUUCUCAGCACCUCCGAUUUCAAAAGUGCCAUCAUUCAAAGUGGAUCUGCACUUCCUUGGAACAUUCAAUUGUCGAAACAAGAGGCUCAAUCCUACGCUGCCAAUCUUAAAGCCAAAUUUAACUGCAAUUCACCUUCAUGCUUGAGAAGUUUGGAUGCCAAGUGGAUUAUUGAUUAUCAAGUCAAUGCCACCACGGAAGAGUACAAACCAUCGAUCGAUGGUUAUUAUCUUCCUUCUCCAUUCUAUGAGUAUAUUAGUAAUGGCACUUACAAGAAGGUCAACCUGUUGAUCGGUACGACUCGAAAUGAAAUGACAGGAUUCACAUGUGGUGUUCUUCCUACCAAUAUUACCGUGACAGGUCAGAAAGCUGUCAUUGCACAAUAUUUUGGCUUCUCCAAUAUGCAACAAAUCCAUCCUCAAUUGCACAAUUAUUACACAUUAUCUCAAUAUCCCAACAAUUUGGUAUACCUUAAUGAAAUUUUGAGUAAUAGUGUUCUCCAAUGCAAUGCUCGAUAUUUGGCAGGAGUGUUUUCAUCUCUCCUCUACAACACGUAUCUGUACAUUUAUGAUUAUCACUUUUCAUGGGUACCAGCAUGUUUUCAAACUGCUCAUGCCGCGGAAUUACCCAUGCAAUUUCCAAGUACUUUAAAUGUUAGAUCUAAUCCCUACACCUUUACUUCUGUGGAAAUGGAAUUCUCGAAACAAAUGAUCAUUUAUUGGAAUAACUUUGUGGUGAGUGGCAAUCCUAAUAAGAAUGCCAACAACCAAAUGAAUUUGCAACCCACCCAAACAGUAUGGCCAAGAUACAGUGUGUGUAAUGAUACUCUCUUAAUCUUACAAAUCACAAAUGGACAAGUGAAUCCAGUGGUCAAUGAUACCAUGUUUUCAAAAGUAUGUCCUUUUUGGAAUGUGUAUGAACAAGUACCUGUUUUGAAAUGCAAUACUUCACAACCCAUUCCACCAACUCCACAACCUUCCCCAUCUCCGCAGGUGUCUCCCAAACCAUCCUCUCCAAAGCCAUCUCCGAAACCUUCAUUGAGCUUUAAGAAUAACACUUCUCAAUCACCUAAGGCUAGUCGUGGAGUCGUCAAUGAGACUACUGUGAGCAGGAUCUCUCUAUGCAGUGAUGUAAUGGUUGCAAUGAUGAUGUUGGUAAUGAUGACUUUCUGGAGUUUUGUUCUGUAG